UCUAUGUAUGUAAGUCUACGUUUUAAACAACGAGCGACGUCACUUUGGUGUACGCCGAAGCUUCGUACGGGCAGGAAAAUGCCGCGUUUCGGGACCGCAGAUCACUGAUGUCUGCAGGCUGUCUCACAGCGGACCGCUGCGCUUUCUUUAAACUGCUGUAACAUUUUGCAAAAACGUAACUUUUUAACUCUUCGGCUGUCAAGUACAGCAGCGACAACAAAAGGAGGAUAUCGAACAAUUAAACUCACCACCUGGACAAGCGAGACAGCAGCUUUACCAACGUUAGCCAGUCGGACGUAAAAUUAAGUGUUUUAUGUAAUUUUUACAGCACUGGGGUAAUAAAACAUGACAACUCUAACGAGGCAAGACCUCAAUUUUGGGCAAGUGGUUGCUGACAUUCUGUGUGAAUUCCUGGAGGUCGCUAUUCAUCUCAUCCUGUAUGUCCGUGAGGUUUAUCCCUCUGGGAUCUUUCAGAAGAGAAAGAAGUACAAUGUACCCGUGCAGAUGUCAUGUCACCCAGAGCUGAAUCAGUAUAUCCAAGAUACACUACACUGUAUAAAGCCACUCAUUGAGAAGAACGAUGCAGAGAAGGUGGUUGUGGUCAUCAUGGACAAAGAGCAUCAUCCAGUUGAGAGAUUUGUGUUUGAGAUUUCCCAACCGCCACUGCUGUCUAUCAGCUCAGACACAUUACUGUCGCACGUGGAGCAGCUGCUGAGGGCGUUCAUCCUGAAGAUCAGUGUGUGCGAUGCUGUUUUAAAUAAUAAUCCACCAGGGUGUUCGUUUACAGUGCUAGUACAUACCAGAGAUGCUGCUACACGCAACAUGGAGAAGGUUCAAGUCAUCAAGGAUUUUCCAUGGAUAGUCGCUGAUGAGCAAGAAGUCCACAUGCAGGAGCCUAGACUCAUUCCGCUAAAGACCAUGACAUCUGAUAUAGUAAAAAUGCAGCUCUAUGUGGAAGAGAGAGCCCAGAAAACAUAGAUGCUUUCUUAGCAGAGACCACACAGCUGCAGGAGAUAAUCUGUGACACCAGGGAGUCACAAGCAGAAUAUUUAACACAGCCCAUCAGCGCUGGAUUCAUGAGUUGUUGGUGAACACAUGGGGAGGGUGUGAUGUUCCUUGUGAAAUGUAUUUUUAAUGAGGUCCAUUAACUUUGCUUCUGGCAGUGUGAAAGGUUGGACUGGGUUGCUAGAACUCGUAUAAUCAGCCUGCUCCGAUUUGUUGUCUGUGAUUUGCAAACAUUGCAUAUAAAUGUGUGAUUAUGGUUUUGAUUGUGAAAUUCUGGGCCAAUGUCACUGUUUAAAAUGUAUUUACAGUAGCAGUCAAAGGUUUGGAUACACUCACAUGGGUGGCCACUGCCACUGGUAUAUUUCAUCUUUUCAUUUGCUGUCAACAGUCAACAAAUCUGAUACUGUCAUGAAUACGGUCAAUGUAGCUGAGCAUCCUUACUGAUAUGUAAUGUGUUUUGUUGUUCUGAAUUACAAUUUUUAGGGUAACUUGAUGGAAAUGUACUUGUAACUAUGAAAUUCAAAGGAUAUGGAAAUCAGUAUGAGAGUGUAAAGUGUACCAUUAACACCUUCAGUCUGAACACUCAGAGAACAGUUGUACUGUUACUGCAAAAAUAUUACUGUUUCUUUGUAGGCAGAUUUAUUUGCAAAAACUCCCACAGAGAGGCUGUCUUUAUAACUCCACAUUGAGGUCAGCUGUCAGUCUGUCUCACUCUGUUCAUUGUAUAGUGUCUGAACUGACUGUAAUGUCCCGCAGAGCAGUUUCUUGCAUGGUGUCUACAGUAGCAUCUGUCAGGAAAGCCUCAAUUUGAAAGCUUUGGUUGAGUUUCUGUAAAAUUAAAAGGAUUUUGGUGUGUGCAUUUGCAA